CAGCCCUCCAGUGUCACUGUGACCGCUGCAGCGGGAACUUCAGCUGCACCACGGACGGCGUCUGCUUCGUGGCCAUCCGGAAGUCGGGCAGCCAGCUGAUCACCGAGCAGCGCCACUGUGUCAACGACAACGAGCUGAUCCCCCGAGACCGGCCCUUCGUCUGCGCCACCUCCACCAAAGAUGACUCGGGCAUUUACCCGGUCUGCUGCCUCACCGACUACUGCAACAAAGAUGCAGACCCCACCAUUGUCCCAGUGUCCAACGCAAAGCCCGCCCCCCUGGGCCCCGUGGCCCUGGCGGCGGUCAUCGCCUGCCCCGUGUGUGUGCUCUGCCUCCUGCUGGUGCUGGCCUUCUACAUCUGCCACAGCCACCGAGGCCUGGGAGCCGGGGGGGCCGGAGCCCACCACCACCGGGUCCCCAACGAGGAGGACCCCUCCAUGGACCACCCGUUCAUCACGGUCGGGACCACUCUGAAAGACCUCAUCUACGACAUGACCACCUCAGGCUCUGGAUCAGGUCUGCCUUUGCUGGUCCAGAGGACCAUAGCCAGAACCAUCAUCCUGCAGGAGAGCAUUGGAAAGGGGCGUUUUGGCGAGGUGUGGCGGGGGAAAUGGCGCGGUGAGGAGGUGGCCGUGAAGAUCUUCUCGUCCAGAGAGGAGCGCUCCUGGUUCCGGGAGGCUGAGAUCUAUCAGACCGUGAUGCUGAGGCACGAGAAUAUUUUGGGCUUCAUCGCGGCCGACAACAAAGAUAACGGGACGUGGACUCAGCUGUGGCUGGUGUCGGACUACCACGAGCACGGCUCCCUGUUUGACUACCUGAACCGCUACACCGUCACCGUGGAGGGCAUGAUCAAACUGUCCCUGUCCACGGCCAGCGGCCUGGCCCACCUCCACAUGGAGAUCGUGGGAACACAAGGAAAGCCGGCGAUAGCUCACAGAGACCUAAAGUCAAAGAACAUUCUGGUGAAGAAGAACGGCACCUGCUGCAUCGCUGACCUCGGCUUGGCCGUCCGCCAUGAUUCUGCCACCGACACCAUCGACAUCGCCCCGAACCACAGAGUGGGAACCAAAAGGUAUAUGGCUCCCGAGGUCCUGGACGACUCCAUAAACAUGAAACACUUUGAGUCGUUCAAGCGUGCGGACAUCUAUGCCAUGGGCCUGGUCUUCUGGGAGAUCGCCAGCCGCUGCUCUAUGGGAGGCAUCCAUGAGGACUACCAGCUGCCCUACUACGACCUGGUCCAGUCCGACCCAUCGGUGGAGGAGAUGAGGAAGAUAGUCUGUGAGCAGAAGCUCCGGCCCAACAUUCCCAACCGCUGGCAGAGCUGCGAGGCCUUACGGGUGAUGGCGAAGAUCAUGAGGGAGUGCUGGUACGCCAACGGGGCGGCGCGGUUAACGGCCCUGCGCAUCAAGAAGACCCUGUCCCAGCUCAGCCAGCAGGAGGGGAUCAAGAUGUAGACACACACAGACACACACUUCUGACUGAUAACCCUAACAUUAGCAUUAAACAUCAGCCCAGUCUCGUUUUUCCCUCAACGUCCUUCCCUCUGUUUGGAAGGAAAGUCACCCCCCCCCCACCCAUUCCUCCCAACAGUAUUUUUUUUCCAUGUCCCAUUUCAUUCCCUGACUGAUGAGUGGAGCGCGUUCGGGGUGUGUGUUGCUGAGCUGACACACACGUGAAGGACUGGGUGGAUAUCAGGAGGGGUGAUUGUGCGCGAAGAGGAGAAUUGAAGGGGGGUGUAUGAAGGGAAACCCCCCCCCCCCCCCCUUGUUCAAACCUUAUUUAACUGCAUUCACCACCUGAGCUCUCCGGGCUCCGCCUCAUCACGACCGACUGGGACCUCAGGUGCUCCACCAGGAGGCCCCCUCCGCCAGGAGGCCUCUCCACCUCCGCCAG